ACGUUAACAACCGAAGUGGCGAGAUAUUAUACCGUCUCCGUUCGAAUACCGUCGCCGUUCGCAUAGCAAUUAAUAAUAAUAAUACCUAUUAUAAUAUUAUAUUAUUAUACUGGUACACGCGUGCAUUCGAGACCACGUAAUUAUUAUUUUUAUUUUCCCGUUGUCGGUGUGCCCGAGCCCGUUAUCCCACAGUCCGCCUAGUCCGACCUCCAACGUUUUUGAACUUAGAAGAAAUCAUGGCUGAUCUGGAUAAUUUUUUUGCAAAGAAAGACCGUAAGAAAACUAAAGGCCAAAAAUUUGCCACCUCCUCGGAUAAUAUGGCCACCGGACAAGAAGAGUUACAAAAAAAACAAGACAAACAGAAAAAGGAGAGAUCCGAAAGAUCUCUGACGAUUCAAAAUAAUUAUGCUACCGAUAAUGACAGCAAAACUUCUUCCAAAAAGUUGGAAGAAGAAUGGAAUGAAUACCAAGAAGAAAUAAAAGACUAUACAACACUUAAAAUGCAACAUUUGACAGCUGACUGUCCUUCUAACUUAACGGAAAACAACGAAAAAGAUGAUGACAUAGAAUUUGAAGAAAACGAAGCAGGAGAAAUGGUGCCAAAACGGAAAAAUGCAGGACCUUGGAAAGUAAACGAACCUGAACUACCUCCACCACCAAAAGAUGCUGCUCCUCCAGUAGUUGCUGAAGUACAGAAAAAAGCAUAUGUUCCUCCAGCUCAACGUAACAAUUUUCAAGGCGGACAUAGAAGCGCACCAAGAAAUAAAACUAGCUUAGAUGUUAAAAAUGAAGAAAUGUUUCCUACUCUUCAAGGAAAUAGUAAUCCUAAAAGAACUAUAGCACCUACUGCCAGAAAAGUUGAAACUCCAGCAUGGGCCAAGUAUCAAUGAUUAAAAGUUAUAAUGAACAUGCACAUAAAUAUUAUCUUUUAAAAAAAUUUCUAAAAAAAUGCAUCAUUAAAUUAUUUUUUUUUUAAAUGUUCAUAAAAUGUUAUUCAUGAUGAUAUCAUCACAAUUAAUCAUGGAAUUAUGUUUUUGUUCAUUUGUCUUAAAUAUUAAUCGAAAUUGAAACUGUGAUCAAACUUCUAUAUAUAUCAUAAUAUUUUUAAGUGAUAUACUAUUUUGUUAAUCUCAUUUAUUAUGAUUAUGAGUUGUAGAUUCAUAUACAAUUUUAUAACAACAAAAUUAUUCCGAAAACUCUGAAAACAUAUUUCCGUAUAGUAUAUUUAUGUCAUAUUUAUAAUAGCAUUAAAAAAAUUGCGCGGGCACAACUCAUUAAAAAUGUAUUAUUAUAUUAUAUAAUACUAUAUUAAUUGUGUUGAAAUUGUCUAAUUCAAGUGCUUAAAAUAUUUUGAGUUCUGUAUCAUAAAAGCUUACAAAAAUAUAUCAUAGUAUAAGUGUUUAAUUUGUUAAUAUAAAGUUAUAUAUAACUAUCAAGAUUACUGAUAACAUUCAUUCUUUGAACUAGUAUAUUUUUUGAAAAAACUUUCAUUUUAAAAAACCCAAGAAAUUGAAACUAAUAUAAAAUCCACGUAGAUAAAAUUUUUCAUUGCCUUGCUAUUUUUAAAAUGGAUUACUUAAUAUACCUUAUUUUAUAUCUUAUUAUAUAAA